GGUGGCCACACCUCUCUUCUACAAACCAUCCAUCCAUACACACAACACUCGUCUCUCCACGUGCAUCCACAGACCACAGCUACUGCUUGACAGAGCUAGAGAGAACUAAGCUUGAGAUCAAGAGAGAGAGAGAGAUCAAGAGAGAGAAAGAGACAGUUCUUGCAGCCAAGAAACUAAUCCAAAGCAUAGCAAAUGGCCGACCGCGUGAUGAACCUGGCCUCGGAGCGGGCGGUGGUGGUGUUCACGCUGAGCUCCUGCUGCAUGUGCCACACGGUGACGAAGCUGAUGCAGGACCUGAGCGUGAACGCGCUGGUGCACGAGCUGGACAGCGACCCCAGGGGCAAGGAGAUGGAGCGCGCGCUGCUCAAGAUGCUCGGCGGCAGAGGCCCAGCCGUCCCCGCCGUCUUCAUCGGCGGCAAGCUCGUCGGCGGCACCAACAGGGUCAUGUCCCUCCACCUCGGCGGCGAGCUCGUGCCCAUGCUCAAGAGCGCCGGUGCGCUCUGGCUGUAGACACACUCACGUACGUGCGAGCAUGGCCAUGCCUACGCUGGAAAAAAAAUAAAGAGAUCAUGGUCUAAGAGUACGUACCAAGGGUUACUAGUGUGUGUGUGUGUGUCGAGGGCAGGUUUUUCCCGUCCUGUUCUUCCGAGUUCUGACAGGAAUAACUAAGGCAAACGAGAUGCUUAGCUUGCUAGCUUCGUGCCUUGUAGGAGCUAGUGAGCGAGAGAGAGAUGGCCUUUGUGAUGUUUUGUUCUAACUUUGCAAUGGCACGUGCGUGUACUAAUCAUCAGUCGCCUUUUUUCGACAGGCUUAUGAAUACCAAUAUAUGUUUGAGAGUUUUAUUA